GGUUCGCGGCGCAUUGUGGUGGCGAGUGGCGACAAAUGGCCGCCUCGUUCAGUGUGUCCUUAUUAUAUAUUCGUUUUUUCCCCGUAAUUCAUUUUUUCAUCUAUCGAUAAAACCUCGCGUCAAAUUAUUGUCGCGAUUGUAAGAUUUACUAAUUGAUUAAAAUUAGGAGAGAACGAAAAAGAAGAAGCGGGAGGAAAAGCUCUUAACGACAAAGAAGAUUGUAUGAAAAAAUGGAUAAAGGUACAGACGGGUUAACGUUUCGUCCAGAGGUGAACAAUGGCUCGGAUGACGCGACAAUGAGCGUCGACGAAUCUGACGAAAAGAUUGCGAUUCUCGACGCCGGUGCUCAGUAUGGCAAAAUUAUAGAUCGAAGAGUCCGCGAGCUGAACAUUCACAGUGAAAUUCUACCGCUCGACACACCCAUUUUCACUCUCAUGGAAAAAGGAUACAAGGCCAUUAUUAUAUCGGGUGGUCCGAGUUCCGUGUAUGCGGAGGAUGCUCCACGAUACGACGGGGAUAUAUUUCGAAUAGGCAUUCCAGUAUUGGGUAUUUGUUAUGGUAUGCAAAUGAUGAACAAGGAAUUCGGUGGAGUGGUAGCGAGGAAAGAAGCUCGCGAGGAUGGUCAACUUCCUAUCGAAGUAUUCCCUAAAUGCCUCUUGUUCAAAGGUAUGGAGAAAGAUCAGAUGGCUCUACUUACUCACGGCGAUAGUAUAAGUAAAGUGGCCGAUGGUUUUCGAACAAUAGCAAAGUCGGCCAAUUUUGUAACCGGAAUAGCGAUGGAGAAAAUGAAAUUGUACGGUGUACAAUUUCAUCCAGAGGUCGAUCUCACGCCAAAUGGAAAACUCAUGUUGCACAAUUUUCUGUUCGAGAUUGCCGGUCUUACCGGAAAUUUCACGAUGCAAAGCCGAGAAUCCCAGUGCAUCCAAUACAUCAGAGAUACCGUCGGUACCAACAAAGUUUUGUUGCUGGUCAGCGGCGGAGUAGACUCGACGGUAUGCGCGGCUCUCUUACACAAAGCAUUAGCGAAGGAGCAAGUGAUACCUCUCCACAUCAACAACGGUUUUAUGCGUAAAGGAGAAACACCGUUCGUGGAAGAAAGUUUGGGCCAAUUGGGUGUAAAGUUGAGGAUCAUCAACGCGACUCAUAAUUUUAUGCAGGGUACUACCUCGGUGCCCUUGGACAAUGUGCCGUUAACGAAUGCUAAUGCUGUCAACAAUAAGGGUAUAAGCGGGACGACGGGUGGUGGUCCGAGAACGAGAUUAACGAAAAUGUUGUGCUCGACAACGAAUCCCGAGGAGAAACGAAAAAUCAUCGGUGAUGUUUUCGUUCGCGUCGCGAACGACGCGAUGACCGAGAUGGGUCUCAAGCCCGAAGAGGUUUUCCUCGGACAGGGCACACUCAGGCCCGAUCUAAUAGAAAGCGCGAGCUCGUUGGCCAGUGGCAAAGCCGAUGCGAUCAAGACUCAUCACAAUGACAGCGAGCUCGUUAGAGCGUUGAGAUCGCAAGGCCGUGUGGUAGAACCGUUAAAAGACUUCCACAAGGACGAGGUGCGACAACUUGGAUGUGAUCUCGGUCUACCGUCUCCGCUUGUUCAACGUCAUCCUUUCCCCGGGCCAGGUUUGGCUAUUCGUAUUUUAUGCGCGGAUGAGCCAUUCAUGGACAAAGACUUUUCCGAAACUCAGGUGAUUGUGAAAAUAAUGGCCGAAUACGAACAAAUGCUGCAGAAGAAGCAUGCUCUAUUGAACCGCGUCGAAGGCGCUACGAACGAAGGCGAGCGUCAAAACUUACGGAGAGUAUCGAGUAACCGACACAUCGCCGCUACCCUUCUACCAAUUCGCAGCGUUGGCGUACAGGGUGACCGUAGAAGUUACAGCUACGUAGUCGGAUUAUCUUGCGAAGAAAUUUCACCGGACGGUAUAGAAUGGGAGGAUAUGUUAUUUUUGGCAAAACUUAUACCCCGCGUUUGUCACAACGUUAAUCGCGUAUGCUAUAUUUUUGGCUCGCUCGUUCAACAUCCGAUAACGGAUAUAACGCCGACGCAUCUUACGUCAAACGUAAUCGCGACGUUACGUCAAGCCGAUCAUUUGGCCAAUCAAGUUUUGGCUUCUAAUUUUUGUAUGGAAGCAAUUAGUCAGAUGCCCGUUGUUCUUAUACCGGUGCACUUUGACCGCGAUGCAGCCUCUCGAGUCCCAUCCUGUCAGCGUUCCGUCGUUCUCAGGCCCUUCUGUUCCAGUGAUUUUAUGACCGGUACACCAGCCGUACCCGGUAAACAAUUGCCCAUUCACGUGGUGAAGAAAAUGGUAACCGAGAUAUCAACGGUACCAGGUAUAUCGCGCGUUCUUUACGAUCUGACAUCGAAGCCCCCGGGCACCACCGAAUGGGAGUAAUGAUGAGUUUAAUGUCCGCCAUCGCGUACACACACUUACACAGACAUGCGCCGCACGCGCGCGCGUACACACACAUUCAAACACACACAUACAGUCGUCACAAUUUACCAUGAGCCACUACCGACAGCCACCAACCACAAGCCACCGCCCGACUUUCAAUCACCCUCGCCGCCCCCCCUUUCUAUUUUUUCACAACCCUCGCGCGCGCGCGCGUGUUUAGAAUGCCGGAAAAACCGUCGGAACAAUACGAACAACAAAACACGACGGAAGCGAAACCGAUUAAAAGAAAGACAAAAAACUAACUAUAUUUAAAGAAAAAAAAAACGAGACGAAACAAAAAAUAUAUCUAUUACAAAAAAACAAUGAUCGAGGAUGAGAGGUUGAAUGAA